UUGCUCUGUUUUGUGUAUUUCAGUCCUACAAAAUUAUCAAUUUUGCUCCAAGUCUACUGCAAAUCAUAGUAUCGGAUCAAGUUGAAUUUCCAGUACGUCAAGCAGCUGCCAUUUACCUAAAGAACAUGGUGACACAGUACUGGCCAGACCGUGAACCACCUCCUGGAGAAGCAGUAUUUCCAUUCAACAUUCAUGAAAAUGAUCGCCAGCAGAUUCGUGAUAACAUUGUAGAAGGAAUAAUUCGUUCUCCUGACCUUGUGAGAGCCCAGCUGACCAUGUGCCUCCGAGCUAUCAUCAAGCACGACUUUCCUGGCCACUGGACGGCUGUGGUAGACAAGAUAGGCUACUACUUGCAAUCUCAGAACAGUGCAAGUUGGCUAGGGAGCCUCCUGUGCCUCUAUCAGCUCGUGAAAACUUAUGAAUACAAGAAAGCAGAGGAACGAGAUCCUCUCAUAGCAGCAAUGCAGAUAUUUUUGCCUCGGAUUCAGCAGCAGAUGAUACAGCUUCUGCCUGAUAACUCCCAUUACUCUGUACUGCUUCAGAAACAAAUCUUAAAAAUCUUCUAUGCUCUUGUUCAGUAUGCAUUGCCACUCCAGUUGGUGAAUAACCAGACUAUGACUCAGUGGAUGGAGAUCUUCCAUACUGUCAUUGAUAGAAAUGUGCCUCCUGAGACUUUGCAAAUUGAUGAAGAUGACAGGCCAGAGCUGGUAUGGUGGAAAUGCAAAAAGUGGGCAUUGCAUAUUGUAGCUCGUCUUUUUGAACGGUAUGGAAGUCCUGGAAAUGUAACUAAAGAAUAUUUUGAAUUCUCUGAGUUUUUCUUAAAAACAUAUGCUGUUGGAAUACAACAGGUUCUCUUAAAAAUCUUAGACCAAUACAGACAAAAAGACUAUGUUGCUCCACGUGUCCUUCAACAAACAUUAAAUUAUCUGAACCAAGGGGUCAUUCAUUCCGUAACAUGGAAGCAGAUGAAGCCACACAUACAGAGUAUAACAGAAGAUGUCAUAUUCUCCCUGAUGUGCUACAAAGAUGAGGAUGAAGAACUCUGGCAAGAGGAUCCGUAUGAAUAUAUCCGCAUGAAAUUUGAUGUAUUUGAAGAUUAUGCAUCCACUACAACAGCAGCACAGAAUCUCCUUUAUACUGCAGCAAAGAAGAGAAAAGAGGUAUUACCAAAAAUGAUGGCAUAUUGCUACCAGAUUCUGACAGAGCCAAACAUUGAUCCAAGAAGAAAGGAUGGAGCUUUGCAUGUUAUAGGAUCCCUAGCUGAUAUUUUACUGAAGAAGAGUGUAUUCAAGGAUCAGAUGGAGCUGAUGUUACAGAAUCAUGUAUUUCCGUUGUUCAUGUCUAACCUGGGGUACCUCAGAGCUAGAUCCUGCUGGGUUCUUCAUUCAUUCAGUGCUUUGAAAUUCCACAAUGAGCUAAACUUAAGAAAUGCAGUAGAGCUGGCAAAGAAGAGCCUGAUUGAAGAUAAGGAAAUGCCUGUCAAAGUAGAAGCAGCAAUAGCUCUUCAAACAUUAAUAAGCAACCAGGAGCAAG